AGCACCCUUCGGCCUCCCUCCAUGGACUGAGAUGGCCUCGGAGCUGGCCAUGAGCGGCGAGCUGCCCACCAGCCCCCUCGCCAUCGAGUACGUCAACGACUUCGACCUGAUGAAGUUCGAGGUGAAGAAGGAGCCGGCGGAGGCCGAGAGGCUGUGCCACCGCCUGCCCGCCGGCUCUCUGUCCUCCACCCCUCUCAGCACCCCUUGCUCCUCCGUGCCUUCCUCGCCCAGCUUCUGCGCCCCUAGCCCCGGGGGGCAACCCGCAGCCGGUCCCCCCGCCGCCUCUUUGGGCUCCAAACCCCAGCUGGAGGAGCUCUACUGGAUGUCGGGCUACCAGCACCACCUCAACCCCGAAGCUCUCAACCUGACCCCCGAGGACGCGGUGGAGGCGCUGAUCGGCGCCCCCCACCACCACCAGCACCACCACCACCCGCCGCAGGGCUACGAGGCUUUCCGCCCCCCAGCUUUCGGCGGCGAGGAGCUGGCGCCGGGCUCCCACCACCACCACCAUCACCACCACCACCACCACCACCUGCGGCUGGAGGAGCGUUUUUCCGACGACCAGCUGGUGAGCAUGUCGGUGCGGGAGCUCAACCGGCAGCUGCGGGGUUUCAGCAAGGAGGAGGUGAUCCGCCUCAAGCAGAAGAGGAGGACCUUGAAGAACCGAGGCUACGCUCAGUCCUGCCGCUACAAGCGGGUCCAGCAGCGGCACAUCCUGGAGAACGAGAAGUGCCAGCUCCAGGGCCAGGUGGAGCAGCUCAAGCAGGAGGUGGCCCGCUUGGCCAAGGAGAGGGAUCUGUACAAAGAGAAGUACGAGAAGCUGGCGGCCCGGGGGUUCCCCCGGGAGCCAUCCCCGGCAGCCGCCCCCAAAGCCGCCGCCGACUUCUUCAUGUGAGCCCGGCCCCUUUGGGGAGGGGGGGGUUUGGGAUUGGGGAGGGGGGGGAAAAAGGUGGGUGGCUCGGGGGUUUUGGGGAGCAUCCCCCCAUCCCCCCCAGCUCGGCUUGAACCGAAAUCCUAGUUUUCUUUCGGAAAUACGGGGAGGGGGAGCUGGAAAUGGAGUGUCCCCCCCCCCCCUCCAUACCCGCUGGGGGGGCGGCGGACCUGGAGCAGCCUGCAUGCGGGACGUGUAGGGCGCGCCCCCCCGGCAGCGCCAGCGCCAGCCCGGUGGCUUCUUCCCCCCCCUUCCCCUUCAGCCCUGCGUGCUUAACACCCCCCUCCCAGACCUCUCCCCAAAUUAUCAUUAUUUUCGGGGUGCCCCCACGGAUCUGCCCGGGGGGGCCCCGGCAGCGCUGCGCCCUGCCCGCACCCCGCGCCGCCCUCCCGGCCGGCGAACCUGAACCCCCCCCCCCUCAACCCCUCUCCCCUUCCUUUAACUUAUUCACCCCUGUACAUAUGUAGAAAUUAGUUAGUUUUCUGCCUUUUUUUUUUUUUUUUUUUCUGAGCCUAUAUUUUGCUUGGUGAUUUACGGGGAAAAAAAAAAAAACGACAAAAAUCCUUUAAAAAAAAAAAAAACACGAGUCUUAAAGUUUGUAUGUAAUAGCAUGCAAAUAAUAUCCGAGUUAAUUUAAUGAUGUUGGGAAGAAGCCGAAUGCACUAUAUACAGGAAUCAAUUGGGUUAAAUAAUACUGUUGUUUUAUAGAGAUUUAAAAUUAUCUAUGCUCUUAAAAAAAUAAAAAUAGUGGGGGCGGGGGGGGGGAGAGGUAACAAUUUUAGGGUGACCUGAAAGGCAAUAUAGUAAUAUAUGGACUGCAAACGGUUGGCUGCUAUCUCACUAUGCACCAGAUUUAUUUAUUAACCCUCGGGAAACGAAAUAUUAUUUUAACCUCGGUGUCGAAGGAAGGAAAGGAAAAUGCACAUUAUUUCUUGCGCAAAAAGAGGAGGAAGAAAAAAAAAAAAAGAAUUCGUGCAAUUGUGCUUGAAGCGAAAGCGGGGUCGAUCCUGCACGGAGGAGCGGGAUGUUUUUUUUAUAAAAAAAACAAGUUGCUUAUUUAAAAAAGAAAAACCACAAAAAAAUAAUAAUCUUGGGGGGUAAAAAAAAAAAAGAAAAAACACAAGGGUUUUGUGGACAAAGCGAGCUUUGGAGCCUGGUGCAUUUUAGGUACUGAUCGUGCGAAGCGUUUUUAACGACCUGUUGUUUCGAUUUGUGACGGUUUUAACGAUGUUGCAUCAAGAUAAAAACUUAUAUUCAACUAGA